GUCCCUGUCGAGGCCCUCGCCCGCCCCGCGGGGUGCGGGCUGCACGCCGCACCCUCUGCAAACCACACCCUUCGGAGUCGCCGAGCCGUGCCCGACGGCCAGCGGGUGCAGGUCGGCGGCGGCCUCAGCAGGCAGCAGGUGGAGCGGGCGGCGGAGUUCCUCGCCGCGGGCCGGGGCGCGCGGCGGGCGGAGCGCGGCGGCGGCUUCGGCGCGCCCCUGGGGAAGCUGCGCGCGGGGCGCCGGCCGCCCUGGCUGGGCCUGCUGGGCCCGAAGGCGCUCUCGGUGCCGAGACUUUGGGCGCUCUGCCAGUGGGGCCGCCCUGGCAAGUACGUGGCUGCCGCGUGA